AUGCUGCGGCCAGCAAGAGUACGACGCUUGCGGCCUGUGGCGGCGCGCCAUGCGUCGUAUACGCUGGGCAUUGAGACCAGCUGCGACGACACAGCAGCAGCAGUGUUGGACCAGGACGGACGUGUGCUCAGCAACGUUAUCUCGUCUCAGUGGGAGCUCAACGCCAAGUGGAGAGGGAUCGUCCCAGCGCUGGCGGCUCGAGCUCACGAGAACAAUCUUCCGCAUGUGAUCAACGCUGCCCUUGAGCAGAGUGGACUGGAAAGUCUCCAGCAGUUGUCGGCGGUGGCAGUGACUUCCGGUCCCGGACUGGCCCCGUGUCUGGAUGUGGGACUGCGGACAGCACGUCAAAUCUGCCUCGACAACCCGGACAUCGCGUUCCUGCAGAUCAACCACCUGGAGGCCCAUGUUCUUGUGUCACGCUUGCCACAACUUGAAACGCCACGACCGGAAUUUCCUUUCGUCGUGCUCUUGGUGUCUGGUGGUCACUGCUGCCUUGUUCUAGCCAAGGGUCUGGGAGAUUACGAGCUGUUGGGAAAUACACUCGACGAUUCCAUUGGCGAAGCCUACGACAAGGUGGCUCGAAUGCUGGAUAUUACUGCUUCAAGCGGCAAAGGGGUGCAUGGUGGCAAGCUGAUUGAGGAUAUGGCUGCGCGCGGCAACGACCGUGCUUUUCCAUUCACAGAGCCCAUGAAGCAUCGGAAGGAUUGCGACUUCUCUUACUCAGGGAUCAAGACAGCUAUGCUACGAGAGGUUAAAAAGCUUGGCGAAUUAGACGAAAAAAUGAAGGAGGACCUGUGCGCCUCUUUCCAGCGAAAAGCAGUUGAUCAGUUAAUCACUCGAACGCGCCGAGCAUGUCAAUGGAGCAAAGACCGGUUGGGGGAUAACAUCACGAGCCUCGUUGUGUGCGGUGGUGUGGCAUCGAAUCAGUAUCUCCGAGACCGGAUGCAGGCGGCGGCAGCAGAAGAAGAAGUAGCAGCUGUGUUCCCACCGGCCAAAUAUUGCACUGACAACGGCGUCAUGGUUGCUUGGGCAGGGCUCGAGCGAUACGCUAAGGGUAUGCGUAGCGAUCCAGAGCCUGCACGAUAUCAGCCUCGAUGGCCACUCGAGACGCUGCAACCACUCUAA